AUGGUUACCAAUUGUAAGCUUUCAGCUAAGGAUGGAAAUCCUGUUGAGAAAGUUACUCAAUAUUGCAGCAUUGUUGGAGCUUUACAAUAUAUUGUGAUCACUCGCCCAGAUAUUGUGUUUGCUGUGAAUCAUGUGUGUCAAUUUAUGCAAGCUCCUCUUGAAACUCACUUUCAAGAAGUGAAACACAUUUUAAGAUACUUACAAGGAACAGUUGAUUUUGGCUUGUAUUUCUUGGCUUCUUCUCGACUUUAUUUGACAGGUUUUGCUGAUGCAAGUUGGGGAGCAGAUGUUGAUGAUAGACAUUCUACAUAUGGAUAUUGCAUCUACUUUGGGGGCAAUCUUGAUUCAUGGAGCUCUAGAAAACAAUAA